AUGGAAUCAAAUGAUUUAAAUAAAGAAAGUUUGGAAAAUUGGAAUGAAUCAUGGGAUUUAGUAAUGACAUUUGGAAUGGGUCAUUUAACAAGUAAAUUAUUUAAUAUUUUAAUGAAUAAUUCAAUUUUUGAUAUGAUCAAUGAAUCUCCAAAACAUUAUAAAGAAAUUGCAAAAAUAAUAAAUUUUAAUGAAUUUUCAUGUUAUAGAUUAUUAAGAUACUUUGUACCAUAUGGUUUAUUUGAAGAGAAUAAUGAAAUAUUUUCAAUAACCAAUAAAAGUAAAAAAUUAAUAAAAAGUGGUGGUAUUUAUAAUCUAUGUACUUUUUUUUCAUCAAAUGAUUAUUUUAAAUUGUAUUCAACAAUUCCUGAAUCUUUUGAACAAAAUAAAAAUUUGGGACCAUCUUCAUUUGGAUUCGAUGAUUUUUGGGAUAUUGUCAAAACAAAUGAACACUUUAAAUAUUCUUUUAAUCAAGAAAUGAGAGAAUUUUCAAAUUUAUCAAUACCAACAAUUAUUAAAAAUACUGAUUUCAGUUCAUUUAAUACUGUAGUUGAUGUUGGUGGUUCACACGGAAGAAUUGUUGGUGAAUUAGUAAAAAAAUAUGAAAAUUUAAAUGGAAUUGUUUUCGAUUUAGAGACUGUAAUUAAUUCAUCUAUUGAAAAAAUUAAACAUCCAAGAAUUGAAUAUGUUUCAGGUAGUUUUUUCGAAUCAGUGCCAAGUGCAGAUUGUUAUGUUUUAAAAAAUAUAUUACAUGAUUGGGAUGAUGAAAAAUGUUUAGAAAUUUUAAAAACAAUUUCAAAAUCAAUGAAAGAAAAUAGUAAAAUUUUUAUUUUUGAUGAAAUCAUUGAUCCAAAUGAUUAUAGAAAAUUGUCAUUAUUUUUAGAUGUAACUGUUUUCCAUUUUUUUAAUUCAAGAGAAAGAUCUUUAAAUGAUUGGAAACAAUUAUGUGAUAAAUCUGAUUUUAAAAUUGAUUCAAUUAAUAAUGUUACACAACCACAAUUAUUAAUACUCUCAAAAAAAUAA